AGGUUAUUGACCUUAUGAAAAAAAACAAGAUUACACUAGAAACGUAUCGAGAUAAGCCAUUUUUAAAUCAUCAUCUCAGUGGCUGCAGAUUUUAUGAUUAUGGAGACUUAGCAAUAGUUUGGAAAGCCAAAAGGUCAAUUGCCUGUGGGAUAUCUGGAGAGAUUAAAGCCUAUGAGAUAACCAAAGGUCAGAAAUUGAUGAUCUUAGACGCCUGCGGUUUAUUAACCCAAUGGAAUUUAAAUACGUUAUCAUUUGGAAAACAAUAUCAGUUAGAAUGGGCAAUUUAUACAUUAAAAAUCGAUUUAUUUAUUUUCAAUAAAGAUUUUUCAUUACUUGCAGUAUGUCUACAAGUUUCUGUUUAUUUAACAGAAAACGCAAUGAUUUUAUCACAUCAUAAAUUUGAACGAGAUGAAUCUUUAUUACAUUCAGAAUUUAUUUCCUUUGAUGGAGAAGAAAGACUACUUUUAUUCUUUGAAGGUUCUAAAGUUGCAGUUGAAAUAAGGGAUCCUUACUGUCUCGAACGUGUUAAUUACGUUGCAACAAUGUCAAAACUAUGUAAAGAUCUUUCUGAAUACUUAAAUAUAUUAGAAUCAGAAUUUAAUGUAAUCAUAAAUGAAAAAAUAUAUAGCAUCUUGGAUGGAUCUCUACAAGUUCAGGAGAUUUCUAAAAUAUUGUGGAGAAAAUACCUACGGGAAAAAUUAGGUGAUUAUGAUAAAAUAAGAUCUUUACCUAAUAAAUCUCAAAUCGAGGAGUUUUUAAGUAUCAUCAUAGAAAAUAUUGCAAAUGAAGAUGAUAUUAUAAUUCCAGAUAUAAAGGAUGUUUAUGCGGGAUUAUUAAAAGCUCGGAAAUUUGAUAAAGAUAACAAUAAAUGGGAAUCUGUGGGUAGUGAAUGGAAUAUUAGUCCAGUGCAUAUAAAAGAAUCCAAAUUUAUAGUUUAUAGAUGCAAGUUGCUAGGUAAUGAAGAUUUAGCGAUGAUUACAUCUAUUGGCUUAUUAAUUUGGUCAAUUUGGAAAAAGAAUGAAAUUAGAUUACGUUAUUAUAAAGGGUUUCCUUUCCAAGCAACAUAUCUAUAUGAGAAAGAUUAUGAAAACCGAUACAUUUUAGGAAUUUACAAAAGUGAACAAUUUUACGAAAAGGAAUUUGAAGCAAAAAAAUCACACAUAAAAAAGCUACUUAAUGAAAUACAAAAGUAUGAAAAAAAUUCAUUACCACCUACAGAUUUUGACACAAUUACUUUAUUUCACGAUAUAUUAUUUAUGGAUGGAAGAAGCCCUUUUAAAGAAUUACUAGAUGAUUACCUUGAAGAUAAAUUAAUACUGGCAUUUAAUACGGAAAAGAACUUACAUACAGCUUUUUAA